AUGGUAUUGGCAAAGAGCAAGCAGUCGGUCGGUUUGGGCAAUGCCCUUAUGAACGACCGAUUCAAGAACAAGAAUUCAAACCAACACAAGGCCAACGCCGGAGGAAUUCAGAGAAAGGGCCAGAAUGGAGAGACAUACAUCACCAACAACAAGCAGGCCGCUGCCUACGAGAAAAUGCGCUCCGUCACCGAGCAGGGCGAUCUGGACGAGUUCUUGUCUACUGCAGAGCUGGCAGGCACCGACUUCACCGCCGAGAAGAUGAACAACGUCAAGAUCAUUCACAAGGACCAGAAGAACCCAUACCUCUUGUCAUCUACCGAGGAGCGCAACGUCGUCAGAAAACACAACAAGAACAGAAGUCGCCUUACUGUUCCCCGUCGCCCAAAAUGGGAUUCCACAACCACCAAGGAGGAGCUGAACACACGCGAGAAGGAAGCCAUGAUUGAGUGGCGCAGAGACCUUGCCGAGCUGCAGGAGAACCAGGACUUACUCUUGACUCCCUUUGAGCGCAACUUGGAAGUCUGGAGACAGCUUUGGCGUGUCAUUGAGCGUUCCGAUUUGGUCGUGCAGAUUGUCGACGCCAGAAACCCUCUCAUGUUCCGCAGUGAAGACAUGGAGUCGUACGUCAAAGAAGUCGACCCGAAAAAGCGCAACUUGCUUCUCGUCAACAAGUCGGAUAUGAUGACGCUCGAGCAGCGCGAGGCCUGGGCCAAAUACUUCAUCGACAACAACAUCAACUUCCGUUUCUUCUCCGCAGAGCUCGCCCGUGAGCUGAACGACGCCAAGGCUGAGGAGGAGGAGCUGCAGGUACAAGAGGAGGAUGACGACGACGACGAGAGCGAGGAUGAGGAUGUCGAGGCUUUGGAGGGAGAUGAAAACGCUCUGGAGCAGGAGGCCAAGAAGCUUGACAUCCAAGACUCGCAAGAAGAGGAGGCCAAGUGGGUUGAUGAGGAGACAAUCGACGACAAACACGCCGUUCCCGUAUCCGAUGUCAUCCCCAUGUCGCUCGAGGAGGCCACUCGUAUCCUGACAACUGAAGAUCUGGAAGCCCUUUUCUUGGAGCAUGCCCCCAAGAUGGCCGCCGCUACCGCCGACAAGCCUGCCCGCAAGGUACAAAUUGGUCUGGUCGGUUACCCCAACGUUGGUAAGUCAUCCACCAUCAACGCUCUGCUGGGUGCAAAGAAGGUGUCCGUCAGUGCCACUCCUGGUAAGACGAAGCAUUUCCAGACCAUCCACUACUCGGACCAGGUUGUCCUCUGCGAUUGUCCCGGUCUCGUCUUCCCCAACUUUGCCUUCACGAAGGCGGAACUCACCUGCAACGGUGUCCUGCCCAUUGAUCAGAUGCGCGAGUUCACCGGCCCUGCCACCCUUGUCGCCACGCGUAUUCCUAAGCCUUUCCUCGAGGCUGUCUACGGUAUCCAGAUCAACAUCCGCUCUCGCGAGGAAGGCGGUACCGGUACACCCACUGGUGAAGAGGUGCUCCGUGCCUACGCCGCUGCCCGAGGUUUCUUCACUCAAGGUCUGGGUCAGCCCGACGAGAGCAGAGCUGCCAGAUUGGUGCUCAAGGACUACGUCAAGGGUAAGCUACUGUUUGUCCACCCUCCUCCAGCGGAGCCGCCGAUCGACCACAAGCACUUCAACCGCGAACUGUACGACUACAACCACUUGCCCCAGAAGCGACGAGCCCAGCUCGCAGCCAUCCACACAGCCGCCAUGCACCCCGAGACACAGACUGGCGACGAGCCAUCACUCAUGGAGAACGAUGAGCUCGAUAUGGUCCCCAUGAGUGGAGCAAAGACACAACGCAUGGAUAAGCAAUUCUUCGCACCUGGACAAGGCAGAGGAGAGCAAAAUAUGCCCUUCCACCACAAAUACACCGAACAAGGACAGAAGAAGGUGGAGAACACGGGUGGCAGGAUGUUGACCGGGCGCAAGGCUAAGAUCAUGCUGGCGCUGGAGAAGGACAUGGACCCGGAUGAUGUCAAGUUGAUGACUUCGAGCAAGAAGCACUUCAAGGCCAACAAGAGGGCGCAAAAGAAGGUCAGAAGCGAGUACAAUGAUUAA